AUGAGCCGUGGCUCGCCCAGCACAACUUCCCACGAGUUGGUGUGGACCAUGGAACCGGGACAUUUCUGUUUUGGCCCAGCGGGCCCAGUCAAAAACAGUCCCACAAUUGCCUCCUUGCGGAGCCUGCUUUGGCAUUUUGGCCCGCGUAGAAAUGAAACUGAGCAAGUUUUGGACAUCGACCCGGCCGAGGCCAAGAAGCUCUGUUCCAAAGGCGGCCGUCGCUUUGCUUGGGCCCUUGUUGUUGCCAAAAGGUCCUUUGGUGCACUGAGCAGAGGCUCUGGGGCCAAGGCCUCUUGGUCUCGGGUACGAAGGCUUUGA